CAGAUAUUCUUUUCCAUUUUCCACAGAAAAUUAUAGUGAACUUGCAAUAAAAGAGUAAAUUGAAGUACAAUAAUCAUCAACCAUGGAUGACAAAGAAAAGAGGAAGCAAAUCUCAGUGAGGGGCAUUGCUGAGCUUGAUGAUGUGAAUGAGAUCAAAAAGACAUUCAACAGACAUCUCCACUACACUCUAGUCAAGGACAGGAAUGUGUCCACUUCCAGAGACUACUACUUUGCACUGGCCCACACAGUGAAAGACCACUUGGUGGGGCGUUGGAUCAGGACCCAGCAGAACUACUAUGAAAAGGACCCCAAGAGGAUCUACUAUUUGUCACUAGAGUAUUACAUGGGGAGGUCCUUGACCAAUACUAUGAUCAAUUUGGGCAUUCAGACAUCCUGUGAUGAAGCUUUGUAUCAAAUGGGACUUGACAUUGAAGAGCUGGAGGACCUUGAAGAGGAUGCUGGACUUGGCAAUGGUGGCCUUGGCAGACUUGCUGCUUGCUUCCUGGACUCCAUGGCCACUCUUGGCAUGGCAGCUUAUGGUUAUGGCAUUAGGUAUGACUAUGGUAUCUUUGCACAAAGGAUCCAAAACUUGGAGCAAGUGGAGGAGCCUGAUGACUGGCUGAGGUUUGGGAACCCCUGGGAACGGUCCAGGCCAGAGUUCUGUCUCCCAGUCAACUUCUAUGGAAGGGUUGUGGAUGAGAAUGGGAAGAAGAAGUGGGUGGACACUAAGAUAGUGUUUGCCAUGCCCUAUGAUGUACCAGUGCCUGGCUACCAGAAUAAUGUGGUCAACACUCUGAGACUGUGGUCAUCCAAGUCUCCAGUCUCCUUCAACCUCAGGUUCUUCAAUGAUGGAGACUAUGUGCAAGCUGUUCUGGACAGGACCUUUGCAGAGAACAUCUCCAGGGUGCUUUACCCCAAUGACAACUUCUUUGAGGGAAAGGAGUUGAGACUGAAGCAAGAGUAUUUCAUGGUUGCAGCCACCCUCCAGGACAUCAUCAGGAGGUUCAAAUCAUCUAAAUUUGGCUCUCGAGAAGCUGUUAGACAUGACUUCUCUGAGUUCCCAGACAAGGUGGCUAUCCAGCUCAAUGACACUCAUCCAUCUCUGGCUAUCCCAGAGCUGAUGAGGAUCCUGGUUGACAUUGAAGGAUUGACCUGGGAGCAGGCCUGGGACAUCUGCACCCGCACUUGUGCAUACACUAACCACACUGUGUUGCCUGAGGCCCUGGAACGCUGGCCAGUCUCCAUGUUGGAGUACAUCCUCCCCAGGCAUCUCCAGAUCAUCUAUGAGAUUAACCAGAGACUCAUGGAUCAGGUUUCCAAACGUUGGGUUGGGGACUUCGAUCGCAUGCGAAGGAUGAGCUUGAUUGAGGAAGAAGGCGAAAAACGCGUCAACAUGGCGCACUUGUCCAUCGUAGGCUCACACGCAGUCAAUGGUGUCGCUGCUAUCCAUUCAGAAAUCAUCAAGCGCGACAUCUUCCACGACUUUUGCGAAAUGAACCCCGAAAAGUUCCAGAACAAGACAAACGGUAUCACUCCGCGACGUUGGCUCUUGCUUUGCAACCCGGGAUUAGCCGACGCGAUUGCGGAGAAAAUCGGCGACGAAUGGCCGCGACAUCUAGACCAACUGCAGGAACUCAAGAAGCACGUUCAUGACCCGGGUUUCAUGCGUGUCGUGCAGACUGUGAAGCAGGAGAACAAGCUCAAGAUUGCGCAAUUGCUGGAGAAGGAUUAUGGAGUCAAAAUUAAUCCGGCUUCCAUCUUUGACAUCCAGCGUAUCCACGAGUACAAACGCCAAUUGCUCAACUGCCUCCACAUCAUCACCAUGUUCAACCGGAUCAAGAAGAACCCCUCGGGCAGUUUCGUGCCCCGCACCGUCAUGAUCGGCGGCAAGGCCGCCCCCGGUUACCACAUUGCCAAAAAGAUCAUCAAGCUCAUCUGCUCCAUCGGCAACGUCGUCAACAACGACCCCAUCAUCGGCGACCGCCUCAAAGUCAUCUUCCUCGAAAACUACCGAGUCACUCUGGCCGAAAAGAUCAUCCCGGCGGCGGAUUUAUCCGAGCAAAUCUCCACGGCCGGCACCGAGGCCUCGGGCACCGGAAACAUGAAAUUCCAGCUCAACGGCGCCCUCACCAUCGGCACUCUGGACGGUGCCAAUGUGGAAAUGGCCGAGGAAAUGGGACGAGAGAACAUCUUCAUUUUCGGCAUGACCGUGGAAGAAGUCGAGGACCUGAAGCGAAGGGGCUACAAUGCCUGGGACUACUACAAUCGGAUCCCGGAGCUGAAAGAAGCCGUGGACCAGAUCCAGUCCGGGUUCUUUUCCCCGGGCAACCCCGACGAGUUCAAAGACAUAGCCAACGUGUUGCUGAACCACGACAGGUUCUUUUUGUUUGCCGACUACGAGGAUUACAUCAAGAGUCAGGACCUGGUGAGCGAGACCUACAAGGACCAGAAAAAGUGGACCGAGAUGUGCAUAAUGAACAUUGCGUCUUCUGGCAAGUUCUCCUCUGACAGGACUAUUGCACAGUAUGGAAGGGAGAUUUGGGGAGUGGAGCCGUCUUGGGAAAAGUUGCCAGCACCACACGAGCCCAAAGAUGCUGUGCCAGAGACCAAAGACAAUAAGAUCAGCAGCAAUAAGGGCAAGAAAAAUAAGAAAUAA